AUGGCCGACUGGAGUGCGAACAAUGAGGCGUUGCGCAAGGUGAACUCACGGCUUUGGAGCCAAUAUCUCUCCGUCAAGCCAGAUUUUGAUCUCGGACGCUAUCAGGGCAUUCCACUGGCCUUGCGCCUCAACGGCCGAGUCCUAGGUCCUCUAGAGACAGAACUGAGUGUCCGAGAGUUCUACGACAUCACAGCGAUCAAUGCCGGCCCCUUGUUCGGGAUACGAUAUAAAGCAGGCGAGAAUGGCUCAGAAGACCAGGCUUUCCUAAUCGUCCCAUUAGGCAACAUAUUUUCGGCUCGAGAACAAAGUGCCGGUGCUAUCCACCGUUGGGAUGACACGGGCUUCGUCUGGUUGGUAGAAAUCACCAGCACUGGGGUGGCAACUGACCACUACCUGCUUUGCCUCAUGGAAAAUCACAGCCAUGACGGAGAAGCAGAGAAAGACAACCCGGAUGAAUCCAUUCCAAGAUUUUGUAACGCGCAGAAGCCUUUUACUCUCGCUAGGGUGUCUGAAGCGGUGCUAUCUGAUUUGGAAACACCACUAGGCCGCCCCGACCGCAAAAAAUCACUAUAA